CGCGAUGCGAAGAUCCCCUCCGGCAUUCACGGCUCGACGCCCCCAGACGUGGAGGAAUCGAAGCCGCUUUGCCGGUCGGAGAAUUGGCAGUCAGGCAGUGUCGAGCAAAGUGGUCGUCCGCUGUGCCUUAGGUGGAAGGACCUCAUUGAACAUCGCAGACAUCCACUCCUUCCUCCUUUCGACAAUCUCGACACGGCUCGCGUGAGGUCACGAUGUCCCUCGCUGCCGCCUCUGUUGACUACGCCGCUCAUGGUGACAUAGCCUCUGCACCCAAGGAUACACCGGCUAGUCGGGCGGACUUGGCGACUGCUAAUGAAGUCUACCAGCGAGCUGAACAACAAGGAGCUGGAGAGGCUUCGCGCGACGCUACUCGAGGUCGAUCAGCAGCUGGUAGCUCUCAUCUCCAUGCUCACCCUCCACCAACUGCCUCCUCAUCCAACUCCUCCGUAUCACGUCAGCUCCCACCCGUCCCUCACCUCUUUCCCGUCAAAAGCAUGACGGCCUCCCAAGUCACCGGUGAAUGGCAGCUGGUAGCAAGCUCGGCCGCCUCAUGGCGAGCCCGUCGCAAUGUCCGCGCCAAAUUCACGCCUCGCAGUGAAGGAGGAGGGGAAAUGGACGCAGAGUGGGCCUUCUAUGAGAUUGCCUCGUUCCAAGCCAAGACGCUCCUCCAGCGGGUGCACGAAGAUGCCAAAGCGAAGAGGGCUGCGGAAAGACGGAGAAAGGAGGGCGGGACGCCGGAGGAUGAGGACCAGCGCUCGGGCGAGAGGAGGGUGGCCGUAUCGGGACGAAUGUGGGAGGAAAAGGGCGCCAAGUGGUGAGCUGGCCGGGAGCGCUUGAGCACGCAACAUGGGUCCUCACGAGCUGACCGCCAUCGCCCACUCCUCCAUCGCAGCCUCAUCUACCGUCCAAAUCGCGCUACUGUGCAAAAAGCGCUCGGCAAGGACAUUCGCUGGGAAGUAGUCAGCUACGGAACCGCUUCAC